CUUGCCUGGGUGACGUGUUUCCGGCGGUUUCCGGAAGUGGUGCUCAGUUUGCUGUGUAAUUGCAGACAGGGCUCCGGUAUAUUCUGUCCGUGUGAGUGUGAGAGACCGUGUUACCAUGCCGGACUAUCUGGGAGCUGACCAGCGCAAGACCAAGAAGAAGAAGGAGGAGGAGGAGGAGAAGGAAGACAAGCCCAUCCGGUCACUUGAUGAAGGAGACAUAGCAUUGUUAAAAACCUAUGGACAAAGUACAUAUUCUCGUCAGAUUAAGCAGGUAGAAGAUGAUAUCCAGCAGCUUCUUAAAAAAAUCAAUGAGCUUACAGGGAUUAAGGAAUCUGAUACAGGGCUUGCUCCUCCAGCCCUGUGGGAUUUGGCUGCUGACAAACAGACUCUCCAGAGUGAACAACCACUUCAAGUGGCAAGAUGUACAAAAAUAAUCAAUGCUGACUCAGAGGAUCCAAAAUACAUUAUCAAUGUCAAACAGUUUGCCAAAUUUGUGGUUGACCUCAGUGAUCAAGUUGCUCCUACUGACAUAGAAGAAGGCAUGAGAGUUGGUGUGGACAGAAACAAGUACCAGAUCCAUAUACCUUUGCCUCCCAAAAUUGAUCCAACUGUAACUAUGAUGCAGGUAGAAGAGAAACCUGAUGUGACUUACAGUGAUGUCGGAGGUUGUAAGGAGCAAAUUGAAAAGCUAAGGGAAGUGGUUGAAACACCCCUUCUUCAUCCAGAGCGAUUUGUCAAUCUUGGUAUUGAGCCUCCAAAAGGAGUUUUGUUAUUUGGUCCCCCAGGAACAGGCAAAACUCUGUGUGCACGUGCAGUAGCUAACAGGACUGAUGCCUGCUUCAUCAGAGUCAUUGGGUCAGAACUGGUCCAGAAAUAUGUUGGAGAGGGAGCACGCAUGGUGCGUGAGCUGUUUGAGAUGGCUAGGACAAAGAAAGCAUGUCUUAUUUUCUUUGAUGAAAUUGAUGCAAUUGGAGGAGCUCGUUUUGAUGAUGGAGCUGGCGGUGAUAAUGAAGUCCAGCGCACAAUGCUGGAAUUGAUCAAUCAGUUGGAUGGAUUUGAUCCCAGAGGAAAUAUCAAAGUACUAAUGGCUACCAACAGACCAGACACUUUAGAUCCUGCACUGAUGAGGCCUGGGAGACUGGACAGAAAAAUUGAGUUUAGUUUACCCGAUCUUGAGGGACGUACUCAUAUAUUCAAAAUUCAUGCUCGUUCUAUGAGCGUUGAAAGAGAUAUAAGAUUUGAACUGCUGGCCCGACUGUGUCCAAAUAGCACAGGUGCUGAAAUUCGCAGUGUGUGCACAGAGGCAGGGAUGUUUGCUAUCCGAGCCCGUCGCAAAGUUGCAACAGAGAAAGAUUUCUUAGAAGCGGUUAAUAAGGUCAUCAAGUCAUAUGCAAAAUUCAGUGCUACUCCAAGAUAUAUGACCUACAAUUAAAAGUCUACUAGCAAAACAAAAUAAUCUGCAUUGGGUUUUUCUCCUAAAGGACCAUGCUACUGUCGGUCAUGUUGUUUAAGAAAAUAACGAAGUAUGUAAAUGUAGAUUUGAAU